AUGGUACAGAACCAACCGACUCGUGAAACACCUCUCCGUGAUAGUUCCAUGGAUUCAUCCCACGAAGCAUCUGCGAGACACACGGGAGAUCCUCCUUCCAAGCAGAAAGGAACCAAUAUGAGCCAGAUUUUCGACGAUGGGGACGAGGCGACGGUUCCUUUUCCAAUUGCUAUCGUAGGGGUGGCCAUGAGAUUGCCGGGUGGUAUUACUUCUGGCACAGAAUUCUGGGACUUCUUGAUAAAGAAGCGCGAUGGUUUAUCCAAGGUACCUGAUACCAGGUACAACGUUGAUGCUUUCUAUAGCGAGACCAGAACUGAUGCUAUUCGGACUCAACAUGGGCAUUUCCUACAACACGACAUUACAAAAUUUGAUGCUGGUUUCUUUGGGAUCAGUAAAAUCGAAGCGGCAAGGCUUGACCCUCAGCAAAGGCUCCUUCUAGAGGUUGUCUGGGAGUGCAUGGAGAAUGGGGGUCAGGUACACUGGAGAGACGGAAACAGCAAUAUUGGAUGCUAUGUUGGUGCGUUUGGUGAAGACUGGCUGGAUCUCCAGGGCAAAGACCCACAGGUCAAUGACCGAUACCGCGUUAUUGGAGCUGAGGAUUUUGCUCUUUCCAAUCGUGUGUCUUAUGAGUAUAAUCUUAAAGGUCCAAGUAUCACUAUCCGCACCGGAUGCUCAUCCUCACUAAUAGCGUUACAUGAAGCGUGUCAGGCACUCUACUCUAGUGAAUGCUCUUCUGCUCUAGUUGCCGGAACUAAUCUUAUUAUCACACCAACCAUGACAAAAUCCAUGUCGAAUAAUAUGGUUAUAUCAACAAGUGGUAUCUGUAGGACUUUUGACGCCAAAGCAGAUGGGUAUGGAAGAGGUGAAGCAAUCAACGCGAUCUUCAUUAAACCCUUACAGGAUGCGUUAAGGGAUGAAGAUCCAAUCCGUGCUGUUAUCCGUUCUACUGCUGUGAAUUGUGAUGGAAAGACCCCUAAUAUUACAACACCAGGCCUGGAAGCCCAGGAACAGUUAAUUCGAAGGGCAUAUCAGAGAGCAAAAAUUAAUAACGACGGUAUUCUACAAACAGGCUUUUUCGAGUGCCAUGGAACGGGUACCACAGUAGGAGACACCAUAGAGACAUCGGCCGUGGCAAAUGUAUUUAAGGAAAGUGGAAUCUAUAUUGGAGCGGUUAAACCAAAUGUCGGUCACUCAGAAGGUGCCUCUGGAAUUACGAGCGUUAUCAAGGGGGUUCUGGCGCUAGAGAACAAGGCUAUUCCUCCUAAUGUACACUUUAAGGAUCCCAAUCCAAACAUCCCAUUCAAGGAAGGAAAGCUCCAAGUUCCUAUGGAGACAAUCCCCUGGCCAAUUGAGCGGUGUAAAAGGGUUAGCAUCAAUUCUUUCGGAAUUGGGGGUACGAACGCGCACGUUAUCCUGGAUUCUCCCUAUUCCCUGCUCAAGAAUGAGAUCUGCGAAACAAAGUUUUGCAAGGAAUUCAUUCAGCAACUUCUAGUGGUGUCGGCAAAGAGCAAAAAAUCCUUGGAUGGACAGAUUGGGAGACUCAAAGGUUAUCUAAAGAACACACAAAACGAUCUUAAAGAUGUCGCAUAUACGCUUGGCCUCAGACGGGAGCACAUGACACAUAGGGCCUUUGCACUCACACAGGAAAACGGUAGUAUUUCUAACUUUCAAUCGUCACAAUCAACCAAUCCAUCAAUCGUGUUCGUGUUAAAUGGCCAAGGAGCACAAUGGCCAGGGAUGGGCAGGCAGUUGAUGAAGAGAUUGGAGCCUUUUCGCACGGAUAUUCGGAUGUUAGAUGGGGUAUUGCAGGGACUGAGAAAUGCACCAAAAUGGACUCUUCAAGAGGAGCUUCUGAGUUCCCAGGAGGAUGGUCACAUAGGAGAAGCGGAGCGCUCACAGCCUCUUUGCACGGCUAUCCAGAUAGCGCUUAUUAACUUGCUUCGUCGCUGGGGGAUCGUUCCAUCUUCUGUUGUAGGACAUUCGAGCGGCGAAAUCGCUGCAGCGUACGCCUCCGGCGCUAUUUCCGCUGCUGUUGCGAUUACGAUAUCCUAUCUUCGAGGCCAAGCAGUGCAAUCCCUGUGCGCCAAUCACUCCGGCGCUAUGGCAGCUGUUGGACUUAGUUCUGAGGAAGUGAAGGACUAUAUACGACCGGGAGUUUCUCUCGCUUGUGAGAAUAGCCCACGGAGCACCACAGUCUCCGGUAAUAGGGAAGCACUUGUUGAAGUAAUUGACAGCAUCCGAGCAGAUGAUAAGGACGUGUUUUGUCGCUUCCUUGAUGUCAAUGUUGCUUAUCAUUCGCAACAGAUGCUCGAGCCCAGUGUAGAAUAUGAGGGGCAUAUUGCCUAUCAUAUGUCUUAUAAUCCAAGUAUGGUGCCUUUCUAUUCUACUGUCAUUGAAAGUGUCAUUACAGAACCUUCUCAAUUGGAUUCCUCUUACUGGGGUAGGAACAUGCGGUGCCCUGUUUUAUUCAACUCUGCCAUGCAAAGUAUCCUUGAUGACGGGGACGAAUCAAAGUUGUUCCUAGAGAUAGGUCCACACUGCGCACUUUCCGGGCCCAUUCGCCAAUCUGUCGAAGAACACAAGGGUGUGGACCAGAAUAAAAUCAAACGAAAUCUCUAUGUGCCUACCCUGAUCAGAGGUAAAGACCAAUGGACUAGUCUAUUGACAAUGCUUGGCCAAUUAUACAGUCACGGUGUGCCUGUAUACCUACGAGGUGUGUUACCAUGCGGAAAGGUAGUUACAGAUCUCCCUCAGUAUUGUUGGCAACAUGAGGAGAGAUUAUGGUAUGAGAGCCGUCUGGCGCGCACUUGGAGACUUAAGAAGCAACCCCACCAUGAGCUGUUAGGCAGUCAAUCGCUAGAUUCAAGCGAUCUAGAACCGUCCUGGAGAGCUUUACUUAGCCUUGACAAUGCUAAAUGGCUUAUGGACCAUAAGCUUGAUGAUGAAAUUGUCUUUCCAUGUGCAGCAUAUAUCGCCAUGGCGGGUGAAGCGAUUCGACAAGUUACUAGGUCAAUGGACUAUUCUAUUCGACACUUACUUAUCAAAACAGCCUUAGUUCUUAAAGGGUCUGACCCAGUCGAGCUUGUUACUGCUCUUAAACCUGCUAAGUUGGCCGACGACGUUGACUCUCUAUGGUAUGACUUUACUAUUGUUGCCUACCAAAACGACCGUUGGAGAAAGCACUGUGUUGGGCAAGUGAGAUCCGGACCAGAUAAAGAUCACAAACCGGAGCAGGCUCAGGCCUACCAAAGACGAGUACACUUUGAUUCAUGGUAUAAUGCGCUCAGGAAGCGCGGACUAAAUUAUGGAAAGCAGUUUCGGAGGCUCCGAGAUAUCACAGCGAGUACGUUACAACAUGAAGCCGCCGCACUUAUUCAGGACGAUCUGAGCUUUCAUGCCGACUACUAUGCCCUCCACCCAAUCCUGAUUGAUAACGGCCUACAACUGUUCAGUGUAGCGGCGACUCAAGGUAUUAUAUAUCAGAUGACACGACUAUGCGUACCAACUGCUAUCGAAGCCCUCUAUGUUAAUGUCAAUCGUGAUUUGACGACACUGAACGCUUUAAGCAGGACUACCGGAGGUACUAUGACCGGUAAUUCAAUUCUUUCGUCGGGUAGCAAUGUCAUCCUCUCAAUGCAGGGCGUCCAGUUUACAAGUUUCCAAAGCACAGAAUUAGCCAAUUCGGAUGCUUUGUUGGCGUCACAGUUGCAGUGGAAACCUGAUAUUGAUCUCCUUCCCGUCGAAGUACAGCUUCCCAAAGGGGAGAAGAACGUAACGUUUGGGCAGCUGGUUGCGAAGUUAUUUUGUGGGCACAUCGCUGAAGCAUAUUGGAAGACAAGGUCCUCAGUUCCUGCCUCAGAGCACCUUCAAAGGUACCUUGCAUGGAUAGAGAGACAAUACAGGAGAAUACAGGACAAAGAUCCAGAUCUGCUACCGGAAAUGAAAGAGCCUAUCGUGCAUAAGCUUGUCAUGUUGGAACGGUAUCAAGAUCAGCUACUGGAGGACGCACAGCAAGGAGAACAGUAUACGAAGAGCUUGCUGGUAGUGCACGGUAUCGCUGAUAGAAUUCUAUCUUCCAUCCACAACAUCCUUGAAGGCAGAAUCAAUCCACUUGAGCUUCUUUUAAGGGAUGAUGGAUUGAAGAGACUAUAUGAAGAUGUCACGAUUUUCCCAGGAUGGAAUACCUUUUUUACAUUGCUUGGACACUCCAAUCCAACGCUUAGAGUGUUAGAAAUCGGGGCUGGAACUGGUGGCUCAACAUCCAUCGCUCUGAAAGCUCUUACCACACCGAACGGAUGCCGAUUGUACUCGACAUACACAUUCACGGACAUAUCACCAGGUUUCCUACCUAAAGCAAAAGCAAGGUUUCAGAGCUACAGUGGUAUCGAUUAUAAAGUCCUCGAUAUCAGCCGAGAUCCUGAAGCGCAAGGAUUUGAGUUAGGCUGCUACGAUUUAAUAAUAGCGUCAAACGUCCUUCAUGCAACACCUAGAAUCUCUCAAGCGUUACGCAAUGUCCGUCGUCUUAUCGCACCUGGUGGUCGAUUGCUAAUCAUGGAAUUAUGCAACGUAGUCCCGGUAUUUGAAUUCAUCAUGGGCGUGCUGCCUGGAUGGUGGAUUGGAGAAGAAGAGGCGCGGAAAGAGAAGCCAACUAUGCCUCCCCAGGAGUGGCACAAUGCGCUAUUGAAUGCUGGUUUUACGGGUGCUGAGCUCGUGCGGUACGACAAUGAAGUUCCGUACCAAAUGACUGCCACCAUGUUGUCAAGGCCUCAAACAGUUCAUAGCAGUUCUCAUAGAACAAAAAUAGGGUUAUUAUACCGAUCGUCUGUCACCCAGUGGGGUCGUAUUCUGGAAAGGGAGCUAUCCAUUAGAGGAUAUGAGGUCUAUUGGCAUACACUGCAUCAGACACCUUAUCGGGAAUCACAAGUCAUAUCAUUGCUUGAUUUGGAAGGCCCAUUUUUCGAAGACCUAUCCUCCGAUGAAUUCAGCCUGUUCCAAACCUACUUGUCGAAGUUGACCGGGGGGCAUAUUUUGUGGGUUACGAAAUCACUUCAGAUGGCAUGUGAAGACCCCAGAUUUGCCUUGGUAUUGGGGACAGCUCGCACGAUCAGACAGGAGAUGGGACAUGAUAUGUCAACCUUGGAAAUUGACAAUCUGAACUCUGGUGCCGAGAAAUUUGUGAUUGAGAUCUUGGAGAAGUUGAGAACACAAAAAGAGAACCGUUCAAAGAAACCAGAUUACGAGUUUGCUCUUCAAGAUGGAACGGUCCACGUGGGUCGAUAUGCAUGGUCAUUUCUCAAACAACACGCUGCGGCUGCCACUAAAACUCUAGGACCACGAGUAGUAGACAUUGAUACCCAUGGGGUUCUCGAAACUUUAACAUGGGCCUUGGGAGACACAGUACCUCAGCAGAUGGGAGAAGAGGAUGUUGAAGUGGACAUUAAAUAUGUCGGUCUAAAUUUCAGAGAUAUGAUGAUUGCUAUGGGGUUUCUUGGCUCUACAAAAGACAUAGGCUCUGAGGCAAGUGCUAUCGUUCGCAGAGUUGGAUCAGCUGUCAAGGGGAUCCAAGUGGGACAAAGCAUUGCAAUCUUUAUGACAGGCUUAAUGAGCACACACAAGGUAGUACCAGCAAAGUACUGCAGCCCAAUUCCACCGGGCAUCUCGCUUGAGGACGCAGCAGCAAACGCCUGCGUCUAUAGUACCGCAAUUUACUCCCUGGUAUUUAUCGGGAAUAUGCGGGAGGGGCAAACUGCUCUAAUACAUUCUGCGUGUGGUGGGGUUGGCUUAGCAGCAAUUCAGGUAUGCCGAAUGAUAGGGGUGGAAAUAUUUGCAACAGUCGGAAACAAGCAGAAAGCUCAGUAUCUGCAGAGUACAUUCAACAUCUCUGAAGAUCAUAUAUUUGAUUCAAGAAGCCCAUCGUUCUUGCCAGAAUUAAUGAAAAUGACGAACAACCGAGGUGUUGAUGUGGUGCUUAAUUCUCUUGCGGGUGAACUGCUCCAUACUUCCUGGAAAUGCGUCGCGCCAUCUGGGAAGAUGAUUGAGCUUGGAAAACGAGAUUUCUUGACACAUGGAAAGUUGGACAUGGACCGCUUCGGCUUAAACCGUUCUUUUAUUGGGGUCGACCUCUUCGUACUAGGUGAAGAGGACCCAGGGGCUCUGCAAAUGCUAGGUCAACAAUUUGCGAUAUAUUACCAACAGGGAAAGCUGCAGCCAAUCCGACCCACCACAGUGUACGAUGCGAUGGAGAUUGGCAAGGCGUUUCGCCAUAUACAAGGUGGGAAACAUAUGGGAAAGCUCAUCAUUCGGAUGCCCGACAACCCGUCAGAGUUGGGUAUACCGAAGAUACAGAAUGAGUCCAAGAUCCUUAGACCAGAUGCUUCCUAUCUUCUUGUUGGUGGUUUAGGAGGCAUUGGCCGGGUUGUCGCCACGUGGAUGAUUCAAAAAGGCGCCCGUCAUCUAAUUUUCCUGACUAGAACAGGCAGGAAUUCACCGGAGAAUGAAGCAUUCAUUCAAGAACUUGAAAGCUAUGAGGGCUGUAGGGUCAUCACCGUCACCGGAGAUGUGGCAAAUAUUGAUGAUGUACGAAAAGCUGUCUCUGCAUCCUCGAUACCAAUUGCUGGAGUGAUUCAAAUGGCUAUGGUUUUGAGGGACCAAAUGCUAUCCAAGAUGACCCAUGUGGAGUGGAUAGAGGCUCUUACUCCUAAAGUGCACGGAACGUGGAAUCUGCAUAUCGUAUUCGAAACAGUGCCGGUGGAUUUCUUCAUUCUGUUCAGCUCGCUCAGUGGCCAUGUCGGCAUUAAGGGGCAAGCUAAUUAUGCGGCAGCCAAUACGUUUUUGGAUUCAUUUGCCAAGUAUCGCAAAUCACGGGGCCUACCAGCGAGCGUGAUAGAUCUUGGAUUUAUGGGGGAUAUUGGCUAUCUUGCAGAACGUGGCUCACCAGUGCUGAGGCUGGUUAGUAAUGCGGGGUUCCAGAAAUUGGAUGCAAGUACACUACUGCAGGCGUUGGAAAUUACCAUUGUCGCAGGAUCUCUCAAUACACCAUCCCAGCUUGUACUGGGACUGGGGACAACACAACGCAUUCAGGAAAAUGCUGUUCAAGCAUUCUGGCCACGCGACGCGCGCAUUGCUGCCUGGUCCAAUGUUUCCUUCGACAUCGUGAGAAGUGGAAAUACUCAGUCUGAGGAGCUCAGGAAGCAUAUCUCAUCACUGGAGAGCAAUCCUCAUCUUCUAAACGACCCUACAACACAGAAUAGGAUCAUGGUGGAGCUCGGCAGAAUGAUCGCUGCUUACAUGUCGUUCCCGGAAGAUCUGAGAGAAGAGGAGUUAGGCGAGAUCCCUGUCGACUCGUUAAUGACGAUUGAGAUUGGUAGCUGGUUCCGGCACAACCUAGGCAUCAAUGUCCCACUUGUGGAGAUAGCGAACGCGGAGACGGUUUGGCAACUGAGUAAUAUCACCAUCCAGGCUCUGCGCAGCAAGUACGGCGGAGAGAACGGAGAGUCUGACCCAUGA